GCAUGAACGACAAACAACCAUGCCUGUCACGGUUGUGUUGCAAAAGACAAACGGCGUGGAGUUGCAGGUGGAUCCUGAUGAGGAUGAGUGGGUGAAGAUUGGCAAGGGGGUCAUCAUCUUUGUGGCCUUUUUGAAAGAUACCACUGCCGACCAGCUCCCAGCCAUUGUGAAGAAGUUGCUUCAUCUCAAGUACUGUGAGCGGGCGAGCAUCCUGGAACAGCGGCGGGACGUGCUGCUUGUGCCCCAAGCAACGCUCGGUGGCAAGAUCAAGGGCAAACAACUCCAGUAUCAUGGGAAUGUGUCAAAGGAUGAGGGGCGGGACCUCUUCAUGGCGCUGAUUGCGGAGUUUCAAAAACAGUUGGAAGAAGCAGGUGUGGGUGACAGCAUCACCUUCAAGCAUGGAACUUAUGGGAAUAUUCAGCGCAUGCGAAACAUGAGUAACGACGGCCCCUUCACACACACCUUCACCUUCCCAAGUUAACUGACAGUGCAUAAACGCCACACAACACCG